GUCUGGAGUUUUGAGUGACGUCGUACCAUUAGAUGCUCUCCGGAAUGGACAUCUACUAGAAAAACAGCAUUUCUCAAACUUCAAUCCGAAAUAUUGCGAUGGCUGCACCACCAUCUAGUUCGUCGAACGUCGUCAAAGUUGCCCCAAAUAUAGCGACGGUGAAGCCAAUGAAGAUUCCAGGGGGGAUAUCUACCACUACGUCUUCUACACAGAACAUACAGUCAAUUCCUGCAAUGAACAAAGCGGCUCCACAGAACGGGAACACGGAAGGACAAUACAUUAACGGAAACCUGUACCAGCUAGCUGUAGUCACCAUUGAUGGAGAGAAGAAGAGAAUUCUCAUUCCCGCACAAAGUAUGAAAACCUUGAGUGGAACCCCUGUUCUCCUUUGUCAAAAGACAAACCAGGGGUAUAGAUGUAUGUCCGUGCCCGUGCCUUCUACUACGACCACAAAGACAACAAAUACCCCCACACAAACGGGAUAUUCCCUCAUUAAUGCUCCGCAGCAGCUUACAUCAGAUGUAUUUGAUGCAAGUGCUUCAAACUUGCAAAAAAGUGUUUCGCGGUCUUUGUUGCCGUCAUUUGACGCAAACAAAGUAAAUCAAGGGUUAGCGUCUCAAUCGGGAUCACCGAAUGAUGUUGCUGCAACGCCAGUUUCAGUAGUUAAUGGCUCGCCCAGCGCUACGUUACAAGGAUUGUCAACAAUCUCAGCCAUUGACCAUCUAAAAGAUAUUGUAAGUCAGGUCCAGAGGUCGGCUAGUCCUACAGUGCAACUAACACAACCUACUUCCACGGUAAAAAUUGCGAACACAUCCGUUCCCGUAGCUUCCAGUUCAAAAUUUGUUAGAUCUAAUGUGACCGUUGUACAGCCUUUUAUGGUCUCUGGGGCUAAUAAAAAUACUGUGCAGCCCGGUGCCACUUCUCUGACUAAUUUCCAAAGGUUGCAACAACCCAUCUUAACUUUAAUUUCAAAAGAGGCAAGUGCGCAGCCUUCAAUAGCCCCUUUUCCUAAUGCAACAAAUAGCCAGCCUGCUGUGUCCUCUGUGACAAACGCAGCGUCCGUGCCCCAAAGAGUAUUUAUUGUGCCACCUGUGUCAUGUCAGAAAAGUGGACCAGGCAUUGUCACUACAGUGUUGCCAGCCAUUGUGACCACGGCUGCAUCUCCAGCUGCACAGACCAUAACAUCUAGUGAUGUUGCUGUUGAAAAAAAUACCGCGCCAGCUGUUUUAAAUCUGCUGUCUGCCAAUAAUUCCCAAACAAAAUAUUCUUUUGGGCAACAAUUCCAGAGUAGCAACGGACAGUCGUUCGUCCUGGUGACUAGACCCACCAGUUCUUGUGUGCAGCAAAGUCAGCGUACAAAUACGUGUGUUGAAGCACCAGAUGAACUGGAUCAGACAUCAGCUUCGAACGCUCCAGAUACUUGUCAAGGCGCCCUGGAAUCGUCAAAGCCUUUGUUUCAAAUUCAGGAUGUUUACACGUUGAAUUCUAGCAAUAUAAGUUCGGAACACGUGGCAAAGAAAACGGAACGGUGCAGCAAAGACGUUGCGAAUAAAGGAACAGAAAGUGUUUCAGAACUAAACAGUGAACCGGAAACUGAUCCCGGAAGCCUGGAUGAGUCAGAAGAAACCAACUCAGCUGAUACAGAGUCUGACUAUAGCGAAGAUGCUUUCAAGGAAAAGUAUAACGAAGAUUUAAAGAGAGGGGGUGACCAAGUUCAGACAACGGGAAAACUUCAGGUAUUGCAAACUUCACAAGAAGAUGACACGUGUAGUUUGAAUUUGGACUGUGAAGACGUCUAUGACGAAGAUACGGAGGAUGGCGAUCUUGAAAACGAAGAUGAUACAUUGGGUAAAACAAAUAUGUUAACGACGAUAGAAAAUGAAUCAAGCGAAAUGCAAUCUCUGUCCCAGUCUGAUGCGAGUGUUAGUGGCGCUUUUGAAAGAAAUUCUCGUAAUGUCAUAGAAAAUAUUUAUCUUGAAAACAACAAUGAAUUGAAUGAAAAUGAAAGUGAAAUGGCUUCACUGUCAAAAGUUCAUGGUUCAAAUAAUGAAGUAGCCGUAAAGUUUGACCGCAUGAACAAAAUGAAAUCAUGCAGUGUUAGCCUAAGAAGAGUCGUACUGCCAAAAAAUCGAUCUGCCUUUAGAACAUGUGAAGUUGAACGCUUAUCGGUAUCCAAAGGUAUUGGUGCGCCCGCAAAUAAACACAUGGCAGUACAACAAUGUUCAAAUAACUUGGGCUCUGGAAAGUCACAAGUUAAACUUCAGGAAAACAAGCAUGGUUCCGCUGAAUCUAAGAAGCAGACUGUAUUUCAAAAGGUUCCAGUGACAACUGCCGCUUUGUCAAAUGUUAAAAUAUUAACAGUGAAUACCGACAAAACGACGGACACGGAAGCUAACCAAGCGUCACUUAAAGCAACUGGACCUACUCCAAAGGCUCCAGCUGGUAAAGAAUGGGAAAGGUUUAUUUUCUUCAAACUAAAUGGGAAGGCUAUAUUGGUUCCAGUUAACAAAAAAACUGUUACCAUGGCAUCCAGUCCUGGCGCAAAGUCAAUAAUAUGUCGCAAUGGCAAAUAUUUUUUUCAAGGUAGCCCGGCGAGUGUGGGGAAUCCUGAGAAAUGCAUAGUUCAAAACUCCAGUGUUGAGGCGUCCACGCACACAAAAUAUCCGGCGCCGACGCUCCCUGUCGCUGCGGACCGUUUUGAUUCGAAACCAAACCAAUGCACAGCGUUAGCCGGCACAAGUCACAGUGCACUAAAUAUUCCGUCCGCAGAGGAAUCGAAUUCGCUUGAAACCACCGGUCAAAAUUUACCAACAUCAAAUUUUAAGGUCAAAUGUGAACCCACUACAUAUGGCUAUGGCGACGAGGUUGCUCCUUCUACUUCCACUAUGAAUACUGUUAACUACUCUACCGGCGAGCAAAACCAGCUCAGUGACAUUGCCUCGAAACCAGUUAAAACUGAACCAGAAGAUUUUUAUUUGGUGCCUAACAAAAUUCAGAAAGUAGAACACGGUAACGGGUCGGUAAUACAGGAGUUUCAAAGUGAGCGAAUCAGAAAACUGAAAGAAAAAUUACGCCAGCAAAACGAGGCUUUGGAAGAGUUGCGAAGAAAAUUGAAGUCCAAACCAAGUACGGCUUUUGAGGAUGAUGACAGCUGAAUCCACCCCGAAAAAAAUGAAAAGCCUUUCUGGGAAAACGGCCGAAUUUUGCUGUUAAGAUGUGUUUUGCUUUCACAUUGAUUGGAUUAUAAAUUAACAGUAAAUACGAUUUUAUACUUAAAAGGAUGUAGUGUAUUGUAUAUAUGUUUAAUGUCCAGCCAAUAUACUUAACAUGUCUUUGAUAGAAACAAGAAAGGCCCUAAACGUUGUUUUCACAAAUGUAACUAGCUUUUAGCUCCUUGGAAAAAGCGUCUUGUACGUAUAAAUACCUUCUUACUUUAAUGGUUUCUCUCAGUUUUCAAGUGAACAUGUUCCACACACGAAGACUUACUAAGAAUAAAUACUAUAUCAGCAAUCGUAAAUUGAAAGAAAAUUGCCGUUUGUUGUUUUCACAGUGGCACAGACCUAAUAACCUUACACGUUAAGCUUGUUGAUUUGGCAGCAUUUGUGGUGAUUUAUCUAUGGCCGCAUUCAGAACAGUGGACUCACUUGU